GAUACAUUUGGUAUACAGCUCUCGCAUCCAUCCGGUUGGCCGCUGCACACACAUGAGCCACGAAGGCUGAUGGAGUAACAGCAGAGCAUCUUUAUUCACGCGAGCUCGUUUUCCUCUGGGAUGACCAUUUCUGGAGCUUGGACUUCCGGAAGUUCGUUUGGACAUCGCUAUGGGUUUUUCUCAUUGUGUCGCGCGCGCCGUGUGACAGGCCGUUAGAGAUGUAGCGUCCAGCGGGGACUGAUAAACGCGUUAGCUUGAGCCGGCCUCAAAACUCAAACAUGUCUACCCGGGUGCCUUUACCCACUGUAAACGAGCGAGAGACUGAAAAUCACACAUCCCUGGACGGCUUUUCUACCAAACUGGCGAGCCGCCAGAACCUGCCUCGCUGCAGGAACUCGCUGAGCACCAGCGUGGACGAGCAGCCGCAUAUCGGCAACUACCGCCUACUCAAGACCAUCGGCAAGGGGAACUUCGCCAAGGUCAAACUGGCACGACAUGUGCUCACUGGACGAGAGGUGGCUGUCAAAAUAAUAGACAAAACCCAGCUGAACCCCACAAGUCUACAAAAGCUAUUUAGGGAAGUCCGAAUAAUGAAGAUCUUGAAUCAUCCAAAUAUAGUGAAGUUAUUUGAAGUAAUUGAGACUGAGAAGACACUUUAUUUAAUAAUGGAAUAUGCCAGUGGAGGUGAGGUGUUUGAUUAUUUGGUGGCUCAUGGCAGGAUGAAAGAAAAGGAAGCCAGGGCAAAGUUUCGUCAGAUUGUAUCUGCAGUGCAGUAUUGCCAUCAAAAGAGAAUAGUACAUAGAGAUCUUAAGGCUGAAAACUUAUUGCUGGAUGCCGACAUGAAUAUCAAGAUUGCCGACUUUGGCUUCAGCAAUGAGUUCACGGUGGGAAAUAAGUUGGACACGUUCUGCGGCAGUCCUCCCUACGCCGCCCCUGAACUCUUCCAGGGCAAAAAAUAUGACGGGCCUGAAGUAGACGUCUGGAGUCUCGGGGUCAUCCUGUAUACGCUCGUCAGCGGAUCACUACCUUUCGACGGCCAAAACCUUAAGGAGCUGAGAGAGAGAGUGUUGAGAGGAAAGUACCGCAUCCCCUUCUACAUGUCCACAGACUGUGAGAACUUGCUUAAAAGGCUAUUAGUGCUGAACCCCAUCAAACGGGGCAGUUUAGAGCAAAUCAUGAAGGAUAAAUGGAUGAACGUGGGCCAUGAUGAUGAGGAGCUGCAGCCGUAUACUGAACCAGAGCCUGAUUUUAGUGACAGUAAAAGGAUCGAGCUGAUGGUGACUAUGGGAUUCCCAAAGGAUGAAAUCACGGAGGCUCUCAAGGGACAGAAAUAUGAUGAAGUCAUGGCUACUUAUCUCUUAUUGGGAAGAAAACCUCCAGAGAUUGAAGGCAUUGAGUCUGUGUCCGUCAGCAAUCUGUGUCCCAGGCCCCGCCCUACCAGUGACAUCAAUACCAGCACUAGCCAGUCCCCUUCACACUCCAAGGUCCAGCGCAGUAUAUCGGCCAAUCAGAAGCAGCAGCGGCGGUUUAGCGAUCACGGUGGGGAUGACAUAAAACCAAUGGGUCCCUCAGUCCCGCCUGUAGUGUCGUACACUAAGCGCAGCUGUCUAGAGAGCGAACAGAAGGAGGAGUGUGAGAACUCACGCAAGCUGUUAAGCUCCAACUCAAAGGGAGACGUACCAGCAUCUCCUCUGGCCGCUCUGGAGAGGAAGAAAUCUGUUACUUCGGCUGGAACUAAUGGAGGCAUGGCACGCAGAAAUACAUAUGUGUGUGAGCGCUCAGCUGACCGUUCCUCCGCCAUACCCAAUGGCAAAGACAGCAGUUUAACAGAGGUUUCGGGCAGCACUACGUCAGCCUCUGGUGCUGCUUCAGCUCUGAUGUCUACAAGACAGAGAUACUUGAAAUCCGUGUCUUCCACAGGCGCCUCCUCCAAAACCACCCUGCCACCUAUAGAAGACAACAGCGAAUACAAGGGAAGUCCAAGCGCCAGGCCUCCAUCCACCUCACCCUCCGACCAUAGCAUCAGCACUCCAGAGCGCACUCAUUUCCCCCGAGGGACGUCCAGCCGGAGCACCUUCCAUGGAGCGCAGCUACACGAGCGCCGCAGUGCCACUUACAACGGCCCACCUGCCUCGCCCAUCCUCUGCCAUGACACAGGCGCCCUAGCACCAGCACGCCGGGGCACAUCCACCGGCAUCAUCAGCAAAAUUACCUCCAAGUUUGCCCGCAGGGUUCCAAGUGAAGGGGAGGCAAGUGGCAAGUCAGAGUCGCCAAGGAGCACUGUGGGAGAAUCGAAAGAUGAGACUCGCGACUCAAAGCCACGCUCACUGCGCUUCACAUGGAGCAUGAAGACGACAUCUUCCAUGGAGCCAGGCGACAUGAUGCGUGAGAUCCGCAAAGUGCUAGACGACAAUGGCUGUGACUACGAGCAGCGAGAGCGUUUCCUGCUUUUCUGCGUGCAUGGUGAUGCUCGCCAUGACAACUUGGUCCAGUGGGAGAUGGAAGUUUGCAAGCUACCACGCCUCUCACUCAACGGUGUGCGCUUUAAGCGCAUUUCAGGCACAUCCAUCGCCUUCAAGAACAUUGCCUGCAAAAUCGCUGAUGAGCUGAAGCUCUGACAGGGGCACAGAAAGGAAACAAUGUGGCUCAAAGUGGGCUUGCAGCGGUAAGUUUGGUUCAUAUUUGGCUAGAGCCGAGGUGCUGCCUUAACAGAAUGUGCGGUGCUCAUCCUGUAAGUUUUGCUUUUCCAUUAACUUUUAUCACCUUCACUUCUGAUGUAGGCCCCAAUCAGUGAUGUUAUUUGGAUGCUGAUGGAAUUAUGUGUGUGCUGGUCUGGGAAAACUUGUUGCUGUGGCCAAAAAAGAAGAAAAGGGGAUUUUUCUGCAUACAUACUUUGACACCAUGACUUAGGAAACCAUAAAUAUAGUAUACUUCACCGGAACAGCAUGGAAAUGUUUUUAUUUACCUUUUUAAUCCUGCCUUGGUUGUUUUCCUGCAAAGAUCAUGUUGGGUAAGGAGCCAGUUUAACAAAUACGGUGGUAAAAACAAUCAGUCUGCCUAAAGAGUUCUAAAAUCUUGCUAGAUAAGUACUAUUUCCUCACACAGUGAAUGUCAGGCUUUGAUUGAGUUGUUUGGGAGCUAUGUUCCGUAUAGCAAACCAGACAUAAGCUUAAUCAGUUCAGUUUUAGAUGCAGGCUGUCAAAAUGUCUGUAAAGCUCCUGCACUACAGUAUCUGUAAAUCACUUUUAACACCAUUUUAAAAUGCUAUAGCUUGUGCUUGUAAUAAAUGCAAAAGAGAAACAUAUUUCAAUUCAGGAAAACUGAUUUGAGAACUAUAUAUAGUAGAAAAUAUUAAAAUUUCACCAAGUGAAGGGUUUUCCCAGGCCGCCACACAUACACAGUGCCUUGGAGACGUAUUCACCCCCCUGAAUUUUUAAUUUUAGUUGGUUUUUUUCAAAAUUAUUUAACAAAAAAAUAAUUUAGUUGCAAUGCUAGUUGCAUAAGUAUUCACCCUCCUGAGUAGAACCACAGCUGCAAGUCUUCUGGGAUACGUCUUUAUCAGCUUUGCAUAUCUGGAUCCUGAGAAUUUUUGCCCAUUUUUGACAGCAAAGCUCUGUCCAAUUGGAUGAAGAUCAUCAAUGAACAGUAAUUUUCUAGGCAGAGAUUCUCAGAUUGAGGUUUGGAUUUUGGCUAGGCCAGUUUAACAAAUUCAGGUCCUUGCAUUUGAUCCACUCCAGUGUAUCCUUGGCAGUAUGCCUUGAGUUGUUGUCCUGUUGGAAGGUGAAGCUCUGCCCCAAUCUCAAGUCUCUUGCAGACUGGAACAGGCUUUUCUUCUAGGAUUGUCUAUUUGGCAUCAUUAAGCUUGCCCUCAACCCUGACCAGUUUCCCAGUCCCUGCUGCUGAAAAGCAUCCCCACAACAUGAUGCUACCACAACCAUGCUUCACUGUGUGGAUGGUGUUCUCAGUGUGAUGAGCAGUGUUGGGCAUCUUCCCAGCACUGGCGCUUUGGUAAAGGUAGCGCUAGAUAGAAAGGUAGAUUUCCCAAAGGUAGCGCUUUGUGCAGAGGCCAAAAAGUUCAGUUUAGGUUUCAUUAGACCAGAGAACCUUUUCCCACAUGCUUGUUGAGCCUAAAACAUGCCUUUUGGGAAAUCCAUGGCUUUUUUCCUCUUCUCUGCACUUUUCCCCAUUGUGGAGUCCCCGGGCUAUGGUUGUCCUGUGAAAAGAAUUACUUAUGCAAUCACAACUUUUAUAUUUUUUAUUUGUAAAUAAUUUUGGAUUUUUGGAAAAGGUCAAGGGGUACAUACAUAUACAAGGCACUGUAUAGUGUGAGUGUUACGCUCUGUCAAUAGUAUUCAGGGGUUUGGUGUACAUUCUGUGCAACAGCCACCUUUAAGAGAGUGGUGAAUAUUACUUUAAGUGUAGGAAAACAUUAUGGCCAAUAUGGUGAAGAUGAUAAACACAAACACUGAAUAUCUACAAGUUAAAAUUUGUAUCCUCCUUUGUAAUAACAUAACCAUAAAUGCCAACAUUGCUAUACAUUAAUGAAAGCUAAUGGUCACCAGUUAGUAUUAUGCAAGUUGUACUGUGCUACUUUGUAGCUACUAGUUUUCAUCGUUAUUAGGCACAUUCGCAUUUUGACUGCAGGUACAUUCCCACCUUUUAUCCACUUGUACUAAGAGAAUAAUCUGCUACGUGUUUAAUAGCCAUUUUAAAUGAUUUCUCUGUUGACUGAGCUACCAAAUAACCAGUAUGGAUUUUCAAAUUGUACAGUUUAGUACAUAGAGAGACACGGCUAUUUAUCAAAGACUGUAUUAUAUGAAUAUGCAUAUGUCGUCCUGCAGGUGUGGUAUGAAUGUUUUGAUUGCUGUACAGGAUAAUGUUUGGGAACAUUUUUACAAUUUUAGUUGUUCCUUAACUUUUUGUUUUUUAUUACAUUAAGUUGGGGAAAAGAUUUCAAUCUUUCAGAGAAGCCAUGGAAGAGUUUAAGGCUGAUGAUGCCACACACACAAAAAAAAAAAAGAAAUGGGGACUUCAUAACAAGGAUUUGUUGCACUAAGUAUUACAUUGAGUGGUACAAACCCUCUACUUGCACAACCUGUUGACACUGGAGAAAUAUUGAGAACUGGAGAAAACAUUUGAAACACAUUGUGAUCGUACAGUUCAUUAUAUUUUGCUCAUUUGUGCUGCAUAUACUUAGCCUUUCUUGUAUUUAUUCCAUUACACUAUGCCUGCUAUGUGCUGCUUUGUAUUAGAGAGGCAUUUAGUGUUUGAUAAAAGAAUAAUGAGAAAGGAAUUAUAUUUGUUUUUAUUUUGUUUUAUAGCUAUGCAUUGCCACAUGCAAUAGUAUACUUUAUGUUGGAUAUUCAGGUUUUGUCACACAUAGAAGGAGAGAGAGAUAAAAAAAAAAAAACGAUGAAUGUGUGACAUUAAAUAGAAAGCAAAAAAACAAGUUUUUGCCUUUAAAAAGGGUUAAAUUUAAAUAAUUCUUUAGGGGUUAUAAAGAUGCUUCAUAAAUGUAGUAAAUAAUGCAUCUAAUUGAUCACAUAUGGAACUGUGACCAGAACAGUGGACAAGCUGUGUAUGUGGAUACUACUAUCUGUGGCUCAUAGAGGGAUUGAAAUAGUCAGAAACACAAAAACGGUCUCUGUGUCCAUGCAGCAAAGCACAUGCUGGUUUGCCACUAAAAAUCUGAAGUGUUAAAAAUACAUACUGGCAUUUGUGUGUGCACGGCUCUUGUUCAGGACCAUCCAUUUCACUGGUGCACAAUAUUAAACUUACUUGAAUUAAACAUAACAUGAAAGUGUGUUCAUGACCAUUUUUACACGACUAGUUGGAUAAAUGCUGCAUGUAUGCUGGUCACUGCUGCUGAGAUUCCACUAUUAAAAAAGUAGAGCCUGA